AAUGGAGUUUGCAUCCUUUUCCCGUAUUUGCUAAGACUAUUAUACGCUAUGUAUGUUCCGGCUAUGUUCUGAACCACUAGGUACAUACAUAACUUACAAAUUGUGGGAUGGCUGAAGCCACAGAUACGUCAAAUUCCAGUAUGCCCACAAGGGAUGUCGCCUUUUGUUUGCUUUUUAUGUAUAUGUUUUUUUGUAGCCCGAUGGAAAUCGAAUCUCCCUAGGCAUCACGUAAGCCGCUAGCACACACAGGCGAUCGGGGCGCAUUGGGCCUCGCGUCAACGCUCUGCGUGCUGGCAAUGAAUCAGAAAAGACUCAUGCGGGCCAGGAAACGCCUCUGCUGCCCGGCCGAACCGUUUUCGAUCGCCAACUGCCAAGACGCGGCCGUGCUGCUAAGGCUGCACCUCGAUUUGAGGAGCCAGCGCGUCGCCGGAGAGACAAAGUCAGCGCUGCAGAUGCUGCGCUCCAUAUUCCCGUCGGACAAGUUCUUGGCCGGCUUUCCUGCUAUUGCCAUGAGGCACCAGCUCUACGCCAUGGUCCAGAACAGAGUAGACGUCGACAAGGCGUUGACAGAGAUGACGGACCGUGGUGAGAUACGGGUCUUCCAGUUGGGGCCGCACGAAAUGGAUGCAGCAGUGCUCUUUACAGAGGACUACCUCAUUUAUGUGCGGCAGCGGAGUGGACAUAAUCCAGCAGUAGAGAAGUUCCUGGAAAAGGUUGUGAUGCGAUCCCAGAACAUCAGCUACAGCCACACAUCCUUGGUCGUGGAGUACAGCCUGUGUGAUAAUGAAAUCAGUGAACUGGAGCACUUGGGACUGCUGGUUCCACGUGGAAUUGGCAGCGAUGGCUACCACUGGUGGCUCGGCAUUCCUGGUACAGUCUGCUUCCUGAGGACACUCGUCCGCGGUCGUGUUGCCCUCCUACAGAUGCUCCGAAGGUCCAAGCACCAAGAGCUAUCACGUGCCGAACUGGAGAGCCGGCGGUUACCCCGUGGGACCAAACUGGGCAUUGGGUAUUUCGUCUACGAUGCCAUAGGGGCCAACCUUGUGACUUGCGUGAAGACAACGUCUGGGGAUGUGCUGAGGCUGAGGGAGUGAGGUGGAGAAGCCAUGUACAUAAUGCGACUGUGAACAUGUGUGUGCGUGUGUGUGUGUGUGUGUGUUACCUGAGCAUUAUGGACCGACAUGCAUUGGUGGACAUCUGCGUGAAACACCAUUGUGUACAGUUCUAUGGCUCCCAAUCGCCACGGUGUCAGAGGACGACAUGAAGUCAUCUAGGAAUUUAAUUCUGCCAUAAAAAAGCCCUUGCAUUUGGGC